UUCAAUUCCCGGACUCUGUCAUGAAACUUAAAUAUUUAAACAGUACCUCAUUUCAAUAUCUGAGCAAGCAUCUUGUGAAGGAUUCAAAGGAUCUAACUUCAAUUAUACAAACAUACGCUAAAACCAAACAAAUCCACAAGGGCAACCAACUUCACGCUCAAUUAAUAGUCUCAGGGUCACUAUGCACAUUCUUAAGCAAUCAUAUUCUCACAAUGUACUGCAAAUGUGGCAAUCUGGACUAUGCAUUCAAGGUGUUCGACAAGAUGCCUCAACCAAACCUGGUUUCUUGGACAGCUUUGAUAUCUGGGCUUUCUCAGAAUUUGGCAUUUAUGGACGCAAUUAUCACUUUUAGAGAAAUGGUGGUUGCUGGUGAAAGCCCGAAUGAGUUUGCGUUUUCGAGUGUCGUUCAGGCUUGUAGUGCUGUUGAGUUGGUAGCCAUGGGGGAGCAAGUACAUUGUCUUGCAUUGAAAAGUGGGUUUAGUGAUGAAUUAUAUGUGGGUAGUAAUUUAGCUGAUAUGUAUUCGAAAUGCGGGUUCAUGGGUGAAGCUUGUAUGGUCUUUGAGGAAAUGCCAUGGAAAGAUGAGGUGUCUUGGACUGCAAUGAUUGAUGGGUAUAGUAAGAAUGGUGAUUUUGAGGAAGCGUUGUUAGCUUUUGUUAAGAUGAGGAGGGAAGAUGUUGUUGUUGAUCAACAUGUUCUUUCUACUACAUUGUGUGCUUGUGGGGCGUUGAAAGCUUGUAGUGUUGGAAAAUCUCUUUACUCGAUUGUUGUAAAAUUGGGUUAUGAAUCUCAUAGGAUUGUAGGCAAUGCUCUAAUAGAUAUGUACUCUAAAAUGGGUGACAUGGAAAGUGCGACUAUUGUGUUUGGGACCGACUUUGGGAGUAGAGAUGUUGUUUCCUUUACUUCUCUGAUUGAUGGAUUUGUAGAAGCGGAAGAAAUUGAGAUGGCUGCAAAUUUUUUUAUUGAGAUGCAACGGCAUUUGAUUCUACCUAAUGAGUUCACUUUUUCAAGUUUGAUCAAGGCAUGUGCUCACCAGGCUGCUCUUGAACAGGGGAUCCAGCUUCAUGCCCUAGUGUUUAAGUUUAAUUUUGCAGAGAAUCCAAUUGUUUAUUCAUCUUUGAUCGACAUGUACGGAAAAUGUGGCUUGUUUGAUCAUUCGGUUCAAGUCUUUGAGGGGAUCUGUAUGCCGAUUGAUAUUGCAUGGAAUUCGUUGUUGGGUGUCUUUGCUCAACAUGGUUUAGGAAGAGAUACAGUGAAAGUUUUUGAUAGAAUGACCAAGGCAAAAGUGAAACCAAAUUCAAUUACCUUUGGGAAACUUUUAACUGGAUGUAGCCAUGCAGGAUUGGUAGAGGAAGGAUUGAAUUACUUCUAUUCCAUGGAAAUGACUUAUGGUGUAAAACCUGGACCAGCACAUUACUCUUGUGUAAUUGAUAUGUUUGGUCGAGCUGGAAGGCUCAAGGAAGCUGAAGAAUUUAUCAGUAGCAUGCCAUUUGAGCCAAAUGCUUUUGGAUGGUGUUCGUUUCUUGCUGCAUGCUGGAUAUGCAAUGAUAUUGAGAGGGGCAAAUUCGCAGCAGAACAAUUAUUGAAGAUUGAGCCUGAGAAUAGUGGAGCCCAUGUAUUGCUUUGCAAUAUAUAUGCAAAAGGACAUCGAUGGGAUGAUGUAAAGAGAGUUAGGAGGUUGAUGAAGGAUGUGAAUGUUAAGAAAGUACCUGGUUACAGUUGGGUUGAUGUUGAUAACAAAACCCAUGUCUUCGGAGCUGAUGACUGGUCUCAUCCUAGAAAAGAAGAUAUUGACAAGAGGCUUGAUGGUCUUUUUAAUGAGAUAGUAGAAGCUGGAUACAUUCCUUGUACGGAUUCUAUCUCACUCGAUGUGGUAGACAGUAUGAAGGUUAAAAUGCUGCAUCGUCACAGCGAGAGGAUAGCUAUUGCAUUUGCACUUAUAAGCAUGCCUAGUGGGAAGCCAAUCAUUAUAAAGAAAAACCUAAGAGUUUGUUUUGAUUGUCAUUCUGCAAUUAAAUUCAUUUCUAAAGUUACAGGGAGAAAGAUAAUUGUCAGAGAUAAUAGUAGGUUUCACCAUUUUGUGGAUGGAUCUUGUUCUUGUGGCGGUUAUUGGUAGAUAUAGAAGUCUUGGUGUAGAAUUAACAUUCAUUUUUUCUGAUUACCAAACUUCAUCCAUGGCAAAGGAGCCAUAUGAUAUCACCAGUAAUUGCCUGAUUUCAUGCCCGUCCAUCAGGCCAGUAAAGGUGCUGGUUGGCACCCGAAUGAAAGGGACUUCUGCAGAGAAGAAACUGAAAUUGAUCAAAAGAUUAACUAGUUAGCAUGACUGCGGUUUGGUGGUUUACACAUUAACUGGAAUUCGAUUAGACACCGUCAUCAAAUUUGAGCAAGGUCCUGCUCCUUUACUUGAUCCAUCCUACAGAAGUUGAAUAGAUGAACACAAAAAUUCUCAGCAAGCCCCUUUUCAGCCAACUACAAAACGAGGUUUAGAGCUACAAAA